UUAGCACGGCAAAUUGGCACAGGUCCCCACGGUUUCUUAGGCGUCUCGCUUCGUCGCUUCGUCGCUUUGCCCACUGUCACUGUCCACUAGCACACACACGCACACGGACGCGGCCCCAUGCGCUGCGACCACCCGCGUUCAUCUCCACGCCGGCUGCUGGGCCGCGCGCUGCCCUGUUGGCGUGGUGGCGUUCGGUUUACUUACACAGUACCUAGUGGUAGUGCUUGCGCUGUGUCGAGGCAGGCGUGGGUGUGUCUGCUUGGUGCUGGUGCGGUGAUGGUGGUGGUGGGUGCGUGUAUGGUUGUGGUCGUGGUUGUGGGGGCGGGAAGCGCUGUGCGCGUGGCUGGGGACUACCUACCUAGGUAGGUAGGUACCGUCUUCGUCGACGGCAGCAGCAUAAAACGCCUGUACGUGAGCUUCUUCACUGAGGCCCGUAAGACCU